UCAGCACCCAAAUUUCAACGCCUGCUAUUUUGGUGACCGGGAAUUUCAAAUCGCACGUCCAACGACAACCACAACGCACCAGCACCAGCCAAUACAGGCAACCAACAAGCGAGAAGGAAACGCGUACGUUGUUGCUGUGCGCGCGCGUGUGUGUGACAGACAGGGAGAGUGUGAGAGAACACAAGGCGGGUAGAGCACACGACCAAGCAAAGACCCUGGUUAGCCGCUCAACACCGAGUGCAGACAAACUGUUGGUAGUGGUGUUUGUGGAAUCCAAGCUCGCCACGAACCACACAACAUAGCCCGAAACCUUACUGAAACGUGGCAACCAUCAACAUGCACGUCUUCAUCGUGUGUGACGGCAACCUGUCCCAAGAGACUGCACAAGACAUCUUCGAGUCACUUGACUCCACAGUUGCACGGUUCCUGGUGACACCAAGCACACUCAAGACCAAAGGGCUUGAAGCUGGUGAUGUUGUCGUGUGCAGCCCUUUCGAAGGCCCGUUCUUCAACGAGAUUACAUCCUCGCACCCUGAAAUUCGGGUGGUUGGACCACGCGUUGCAGCCCUGGAUACACAGGAGUGGGAGUCUCUACCACGCGUCGUGUACGGUGUGGCGCCUCUGUUUACAGAUGGCAUUGCACGCUUCACAGUGUACCUGGAACCCAUGGAAGACGAAGCAGCCAUGCACACCGCCCUGCAGCGACUGGAGUGGAUGGGCGCUGACAUUGUUGCAGAAGCAAAGCAAGCAAGCGUCAUCUUUGCGCCACCAACAUCCGAGGCAUCGCAGACAGCAAGGCGGUCACACGUUGGCCGCGUGUUUGAGCCAGAGUUUAUUCACACUUGCUGGCAUGCGUACACAGACUCCCUCGGCUACACCUUCCCGAAUGCGCGGGAGCACCAGACAGCGCCACUCGCGGGCUGUCGCGUGUAUCUUUCUAUGACAGGCGUGUCUGAGACGCUCAAGCAGAAGCUUGUAACCUGGGUGUCGGAGCUUGGAGCAGACGUUGCACCGUCCCUUGACCAUGGGGUUACACACUUCAUCUGCAACACGCUGGACGGAUCUGGUGAGAGUGCUCAAGCAAGGAAACUCGGUGCCAUUCCCGUCAAACACACGUGGCUCGUGGAGUGCUGGCGCACACGCAACUGGCAGGAUGAGGGCACACAUCGUCCGGCUCAAGCACAGCGGCCUGCCCCUGCUUCGCCAUACUCCAACAAGGUCAUUAUGUUCCUGAACAACAGCAACGCAACACCUACGAGCCCGCGUGAUCGUGCAAGCACCAUCGCUACCGAUUCGCCAGCCUCGGAGUCUCGCAAACGCAAGCACGUCAACACCUCCGUUGUCACCACCCGCGGCCAAGACUUUGAUGACGAUGUAGACAUGGAGGCGGAGGACGGUACGCCGCGUCGCAAGACGCCAAAGAAGGGCUCCCACAUGACACCAACCUCUCCAGCAAAGAUGAGCAAGGACAUGCGGGGCAUGUCGGCGCCAAUGCUUUCGCUCAAAGCCAAGGCAGUCGCUUCCCGUGCCAGUAGAAGCAAAGCCAAGGCCAAGUCCGCACCAGACCUCGACGUUGCGCGCAAAAACAACGUGAUGGAGCUGUACAAGUGCGAGGCAAACGUCAGCCGGAUCAUGGGCGUCGUUGAAGAGCUCUUCCACAAGCCGCUCAAGCUGGACCCAGCGGAUGCAGGCUUCAUCAACCGCAUCUUCCGCUCAACCGCCAAGAUCCGCGACUUUGCAGGGUCUGUUGCAAAGGAUCUAAAGGAGCAGCUUGACAAUUGGAGCGAACACCCGGCCAUCAUCUCGCACGUGUUCCACAGAGAGCGCAUGACGCAGUACCAGACACUUUACAAGCGUGUGGUCACUCAGGCUGAUGACUCGCAGGCCGCGCUCAAGGAGCUGAUGAAGAACAAGACGUUUGCUCACUUCAUUCGCCAACAAGAGGCAGACCCGCGCUGUGAUCGCAAGCAGCUGCGUGACAUGCUUAUGGAACCCGUCCAACACAUCAUGCGCUACAACCUCCACCUCGAAAAGAUUAUCAAGAACACGCCAGAGAACCACCCGGAUGCAUUGCCCCUGCGUGAAGUCCAAGAAUGCUUCCGCACCAUCGUGCAGGACACGGAUGAGACUAAGCGUGUUCACGAGGAGCUGGUUAACUUCCAGCUCACCCUUCACAUGAUUGAAGACUUUCCGCCUGAGUUGUACAGCGCGCGCCGCGCAUGUGUCGCCAUGGAGGAGGUUGUCUCGUGUGCGAAUCGCAAGGACACAGUCAUGCUCAUCCUUCUCACCGACCACUUGGUUGUUGUGCGCGGACAGUCGAAGAAGAUUGAAUGGCGCCAAACGUUUACAUUUGGACGCAACCGUCGCAAGGACUUUCAAUUUGUCACGGCUCAUCACCUCAAAUCGACAUCCAUCCACGACGUGAUGGAAGCACGAACCGUCGACGGUGCAAUCCUGGAUCAAUCCAUCUGCGUGCGCUACAACCCGCAGGACACGCUACUGCCGAACAGGACGCGCACCGCGCACACCAGCAACAUUCGCCAAGAGACAUCAGCCUCAUCAACAACUGGCCCCUCCUCCUCCUCCUCCUCCUCCUCUUCCGCCUCCUCCUCCUCCACUUCCACUUCCGUAUGCGCCACAGCUCAGCCGCCGACUUUGUUGUUGUCGUCGUCGUCGUCGUCCACGGCUUCCUCUGCCGCCUCCUCCCAGCGCAGUUCCCGAAACAAGAAGGGCUACGACAGCCACGCCUACUACCGCUUUAUGGAUGAGGGCAGCAAGCGUGCAUUCCUACAGGCUGCCCGCCAAGCUGUGCGCAACCUAACCGGCCGACUCACGCCUGAGAUGCAAGGCGAUGAGGAGCAGUGCCGCCACGCAGAGGCUGUGGAGCAGUCGUCGCGCCAGCGGUGCACGUUUGGGGAGGAGAACACGCCUGCCGCAAAGAAGCACGUGGCCAAGACACCACGGUCGGCGACCAAGGCGGCCUUUGGUGGCCUUGCGGACGCAGGCCAGGACCUCCUGUCUCGCAUGCGCGCCCGCAGCAACACCAUCUCGCAGUUUGACGCCCGCCACAAGACGCUUGGCGGACGCCGGUUCUCCUCCAACACGGUGCAGGCCGGUGCACGCGGGUCACGUUUCAUGCAGGGCGUUUCGUUCAAGGAUUGUGCUUCCACGGAGAACCUUGCGCCACACAAGCCCCACGACAGCUUCCUCCGCUCUUCUCUCGGCGGCCGUCUUCUUCGGAACAUUGUGAAGCGGGCGUCCAAGACGCUGCGAACAUCCCAGCGUGGACACAGCAGCAAGCACCAUCAUUCGCAACACCAACAACAUCAGCAGCAACAGUCUCAUGAGGCACUUGGCCCACUGCAGGAACACAACCACCAGAAGCCAGCAGAACAUGUGGGACCUGCCGGCGACUUCCUCGCCACAACAAGCGGUAGCAGCAGCAGCAACAACAACGGCGUUGGUGGUGGUGCUUCCAAGCUUGGGUCCAGAAAUGAGGCCUUGAGGAGCCCUAAGCGCAGCACCCAGCUCUAGGCGUGGUCCUCCAGCUGUGUACUUGCGGGAAGCGUGUGAGCAGUCUGCGUGUGCCAUUGUGAGCAUGCGCACUGCCGCGCUGCUUUGCUUUGUGUGCGAGUGUGCGAUCGAGUGUACAUAUUUGUGUGAUGGUGAUAUGCUGAUUUCUGUGCGCUGUGUGGCCACCACUUGGCUGCGCACGCAUCACGCUUCUUUCCGGAAUGAUGGUGAUGAUAGCGGUGGUGGCGGUCGUCGUCAUGGUGGUGGUGCUCUGGUUGACCCUCCCUCCCACUUCAUUGUGGCCUUGGCUUUCCUUUUGGUGUUUUUGCUGUGUUAUCCGCGCCAUGAAUGGCGCUCUUCCUUUCUGCUUUCGGUUCUUCCUCCAAUUCUCUGUAUUGCCCGCACUUUACGCCUUCCUUUGUGGCCGGCUCUCUUGUUGAUUUGUCAAUAUGCUCCCACCACCAGUCCUUGCUUGCUGUGUCUCGCUUGCUGCUUGUGUGCUUGCUUCCUUGCUUUUCUCCACCCGCACAUGGUGUGCUCCGUGCACCCAGAAAGCUCCCCUUUGCCUUGUGGAUGUUCGCUUGUUUGCUUGCUUGUUUGCAUGUGUGGGCAUGUUGUGCUCUUGUGGGGGGCAGCACAGCAUCCUGUAGUAUUCCGUGGGCCGUACAGUGCCAUGGUGGCAGUUUGCACUGCUUUCUUUCCUCCCUUUUGUUUUGUUUGUUGAAUGGUUCCAUCGAUUGAUUGCAUUGACUGCUUGGAGGUGCACGCGCCGACUGGCUGAUGUGGAUGAACGCAAGCGAGUGAAGGGCCAAG